AUAUAUAACCAAACAUCGUUGAGAAAGAGAGACGAAGGACAGUGCACGGUAGUUGGAAAGAGAAAUAUCUAAUCUCGUAAUUCCAGCUGUCAUCUGGAGAUGUCAAAUUACGCAUGAGAAACACGAUUAAAUAAAAAGGGAAAUAGAAAAAUCGCGGAUUAUCCGUGCGAGUAUUUCCCUAUCUCAGCCAGUUCACGCACACGCACAAAUCGAACUCGACGCACACUAACUUGUAACGACACACGCGUAUAUCGGCCCACAAACCCCUAUCGGCGUAAAAGUUGCUUACGUCGCGCCGAUAUCUCACGCUGUUACGACGUCGAUGACAGGACUCUCCCUCGCGUUAGGCAGUCGCAUAUGGUUCCGCGCGCCUUCGUUCCCGCGGAUAGUAUGUGGAAGGUGCUGCGGGAGCAGCUGGUCCUGAUAUAGUACGACGCAAAAUGGGCAAUCAGGUGACGCGCGCCGGCCACGCUUCCUCGCACAGGAAGCUGGAAUCCGGCAAUCAUGCGAGUGCCGCCCAGAACCCGAACGCAGCCGCGGCCGCCACCAGGAGCGAGCCGGAUCACCCUGGCUCCGUAACGCAAUUCCUUCCGAUCGAGAAUCUGGCCAAGACAUUAUCGCAUCUUGCCCAUCAAGAAGAACAUGUUAAUGGCAUUACCAAGUCUGUAUUCGAAAAGUACUUAUUUCCCACUCAUCCUGAAUUAAGCGAGAAGCUCUUUACUUACUUACAUCAUAAUGCCCAUGCUACAACCACACAUAUAAGUACAACAGCUUUUAAACAGCAAGCUGAGAAGUUCUUGUCAGUUAUGAAUGAUCAAGCUAUAUUAGAGAAUUACAUCAAGAUGUAUUCCAACAUAAAAGAAGGUGGCAAUGUUACUCCAGAAACAUUGAGAGCAUUAUUGAUGUGUUGCUAUCAACUAGCGAUGGAAAAUAAUAGUACCAGCAUGUGCCUUUAUUCGGAACAGAUAAUAAACGCUGUCGUUGUUUCAUGUUUUCACGGUAAAGUCAGUUUAUCCACGAAUUACGUGAGCAAUUGGAUCGGGCAACAUUGUCCACGCAUGGUGCAUGGUUUACAGCGAUAUGUGGUACAUGUACUGACAACUGCUUAUCGCAAUGGUAAGGCACUCUUAUCGAAGGAACAACCACAACCACCUAUCGAGAUACUGACGCCUGUGCUGGAAAAAUCAAACUUGGAAUUUCCUCAAACAAAUUUAUUGCCCAUAAGCUACGUUUGGUUGUUGUCGUGUACACUGCCACAGUGUUACCUCCAGACCAACGAUUCACCGAAGGACAUAACUCACGCUUUGAUAGCCAGAAGAACAGGCAGUAUUUGUCCAAGGCAUUGGACGUUACUGUACAAUAGCGGAGAGCACGGGGCUGGAGCUAAUCGCUUCCUUCAUCAUGUAUUAGGUUACAGAGGUCCGACUCUGCUAAUUAUAAGAGCCGCUGGUGUAGAAGGAGACGAGGAAUGUCCGACGUAUUGUAUAUGCUCGGCGGUCGAGUGGCGAGAGAGUCAUCUUUAUUGGGGCGACGAAGACUCGAUGGGCAUUCAACUGACUCCGUCCUAUAAAAUUAUAGAAAAAGGUGCGAAGAUAUUAUACUUAAACACGAACAUCAGAGGCUAUCCACAUGGUUUGCGACUAGGUAGCGACCCGCGUUCGCCAUUUAUUAGUAUCGAUGAAUCAUUCCAUUCGGUGUCCAUCGCCGGUGCACCUUAUCGCAUCGCCAGCUUGGAAGUCUGGGGCUGUGGCGAUGCUAGACUAAGAGAAAAACAAUUGGAGAUUAAGAAAUGGCAAGUAAAGGAAGCAGAGAAACAAAGAGUUGUGAAAUUAAGCGCCAGUGAUUGGCUGGAUCAUCCUGAUCGUUACUUACUGGAGUUGGCUGGUAGAGCAUCUUACAACGAAUCUAAUAAUUAGAGCGAACGAGAACACACAUACACUACUGCAAGUAACUGGUCAUAUUUUAUUUUGUACAUAUGUAUAUAGUAUCAAAGAUAUAUUGGAGUUUCUCUGUACUUAUAUAGCACAUGUUAAAAACAUGCGCAUAAAAUGUGAUUAUGUGAUUUGUGUGAAAUAAAGGAACUUAUGCUUGACGUACUUAAGCACAAGUACCAAGGUUUGUAA